AUGACCACUAGAUUUGACAGUAAGGAGUCAGCCAGCCACGCCAUCGUUGGAGUUCACGGGUCAGAGGUCAACGGACAUCUGGUCAAAUGUUACUGGGGCAAGGAACCCAACGCUAACAACAAUUAUAACAACAAUAGUAACAACAAUAACAACAAUGCCAACAUUAAUAAUAAUAACAAUAUUAAUGUCAACAGUCAGAGUAACAAUACUAAUCAUAAUUAUAACAAUAGCAAUAACAACAUUAACCAGCAAAUUGUUAGCAAUCAAAAUAACAUUAACAACAACAACAACAACAUAGUAAGCGGCAACAACAGCAACAACAAUAGCGGAAACAACAACAACACUAGUUACAACAACAUUAGCCAAAGUAGUUCUAGCGGUAAUAAUGCAACUACCACUAAUAACAUAAGUAGCAGUGGCAGUCGCGAUUCUACAAAGACGGAAAUAGACCAGAGUAAAAGUAAUAUUAACGCCAGUAACAACAACAACAGCAAUAGUAGCAGUGCGAUAAAUCAAAUUGUUACUUCUACCAACGCUACUAAUUGCUGUACUUUUAGAAGUAGUAGUACUCUCAAUGGAAGUAGUAGCGGCAGUGGCAGCGUUUUGGUCGACUGUGGUCUUGCGAGGUCUCCAGGCGAUUUCCACAGUAACUCGAUAAAUUACUGGACAUGUUCACCAAGUUACCACCACCAAAACUCUCACGCUUACUUGCAACCACCCUACCAUCUGUCGACCGGGCCAAACGCCAUGCAUGUAGCGAACAUAACGAGCCAACCCCACACGCCAGCCAUUAUAACGUACCCCGGUCAGCCAUCCAACACUGGCAAAUCACACAAAACAGAAUGGAACAGUCUGUCAGCAGCCAUUCCAUGUUCACCGACGGAUUCCGAUCCGAAGAAGAAUGAUUAUCCCAUUUGGGACCGUCAUCAUUCCAGUUUUGAUAUACGACCGGAAAACAGGCACAUCCCUGAUAUGGCUGCCAUUGAAACUCAGAAAUGGCGUCAUUGGAUUCCUGCUUUCCGGAAGUCCAUAUCUUCCAAUAAAGAUCGGUUUUGCACUGAUUUGUUUGGUCCUCUGGGUGUGAUAAAAUACGUAAAAAAAUGUUAA